UCUGUGUUCUCUCCGCUCAGGUUUUGUAGUUCGCUCGAUUAAUUUUUAGUAGUAUUGCUAGUUUUAAACACAUUUCCAGUCGACACGGUGAAAGACAACAAUGGGCGUCCAAGUGGAAACAGUAACGCCGGGAGACGGGGAGACAUACCCCAAAAAAGGUCAAACGGUGGUUGUUCACUAUACAGGAACCCUCACAGAUGGAUCAAAGUUUGAUUCCUCUCGUGACCGUGGAAAGCCGUUUAAGUUUAGGAUAGGACACGGGGAGGUGAUCAAAGGCUGGGACCAAGGUGUAGCACAGAUGUCGGUUGGUCAACGGGCGAAUCUGACCUGCAGUCCAGACUUUGCGUACGGCGCCCGCGGUCACCCCGGCGUCAUUCCACCAAACGCCGUUCUGACGUUCGACGUGGAACUGCUGAGGCUCGAGUGAUUACGUCUCGUCGGACGUCACCAGGUGGCUCUGCUAUGCAGAAGUCGCCCGACGGUUGUCGUUGGAAGCGCUGUGCAAUCUUGUCAACGUCCGCGUACGAAAGCCACAGCAAACGAUCUUUUCUACCCUGCAUUCGUAGCGAAAAACGCGAAACGCGCGCGCGUCCACCGCUCGUCCGUCACGCGCCACCCUCGUUCUGCAACUGCGCUGGUCUAAUUCGUCAGUGUCAAACUGGGUCUGUGCUGGUGUUGCAGACAGCUGCUACUCGUACUAUCGAUCGCGUGUGAAACUUCUGUUCAUCGGGGCGAUGUGUGUACGGUUUGAUCGUUUGUGGGGUUUUUGUAGCUGGAUCUUUUGACGUCGACCGGUUUGCGCAAGCGUCGUGCGAGUUGUCAGGAACAGUUCUCAUGUAUUCCUUUGCUGCCGUUACUCUAGUUUGCGUGGGCUCGUACCCUGCACGUCGUGCGAUUGUGCUCGGAACCGAAUCGUGUCUCUUUGGAAAUGUAAUUCCACGUCUUGCUGCAACGAGUGCAAUUUUCUGUAUUACAACCAGCCGUUUUUGCAAUUUGUUUUUACGCCUUUUUUGCGGUUUUUUUUUUGACGAAGCUAAUUGGAAAGGUAUAGGGUGCGCUAAAGUAAUUUGCUUCUAAACGGUGGUCUAGUGUUACAUGAUUGUUUUAGAUUUCUUCAUUUUCUCGCAGUCAGUACCAGAAACAAAUGGCAAGAUAGUAGUGCUUACAUUGUAGUAUCACAUGCAUAUUACAGAAGUGUGUCAGUGAAAUAAUGGUGUUUUUGCCUUA